CGAUCGUUCUCUACAGUGAAUUAAUACUUGUUUGGUUUUUUUCUUGUUUAAUUAAGUUGAUAUAUCUCGCGUUCGUGAAUAACGUGAAUAAUAACUAUGCCAUAUAAAAAUGUGGUUGCCCAAUACGAGCCUCUAGAAGACAAAGGAGAGUUUAAAUUACGGAAGACGGUUUUCCUCGGCUACACGGAUGUAGCGGCAGGUGGCAUACGAGCUCUGCUUGGCAUCAACAUGAAGAAAGAGUUUUUAACAAUAGAUAUCCCGGAACUGGGUGAUGUAAAAUUAGCGGUAGAAAGCACGGAGAAAUUAGACCCGAGGGAUCAGCCAUAUGCACCUUUUCAAAUCUGGAAUCUUAAAUAUGAACUGUUUUCUGUUAUUCUAGUCAACACCAAACUGAAAGCAGACAAAUGCCACUAUGUAUGCUCCAAAAUAAUGGAUUUAUGCACUCGAUGGUGUGUAGAUAAGCUGGUUGUUCUGAGUGCACUAAGGUUAGAUGUUUCCAUGGAUAAUAUUUCUGAUAUAUAUGAAACUGUCAUAAAUGACAUGCCACUUACAAAAUGUCCGGAACUUUCCGGGGAUACCAGGAUGAAUGACCCAUUUCUGAGUACAUUAAUACAAAUGGUACAAGUUGAAUACAUACCGACAUGCUUCCUGUUAAUACCUGCCCACAGGGCGUGUCUUGGUGAAGCACGUGAAACUGACGGCAGUAAACAGGUGAUUAAGACAUUUCAACAAACCAUCAAUACAGCAACGAAAAUAAGCUUUGAUCAGGAGUUUAGUAAUAACUUGAUAUACAAGGGAGAUAAUGACCAGAAAGAUUCCAACAGUGUCUCAAUGAUCUACUCGUGAAGAUGACCGCCAUCAUAUUUCGUGACUUCCUUCAUGUCCUUGGCAAAGAUUGGAAUAAUAAACUGAAAAGUCUAUAAUGUCUUAUUGCAUUGUAAUGCAAUUGUUAACAGUGCAUUCCUUGCAGACAUUUUGAGAUAUCAGCAAAAUGUUAUCAUAAAAUGGUCUUAUUAUCAUAAGAGUUCCACAACUUAAAAACAUAUAAUUUGAAAAUCUUACAUAAUUGUAAAUCAAAUGGGACAGUAAAUCCCAGAAAUAUGAGAAAGAUAAAGAAAUAUGUACAGUAUUAAAUUGAAAAUAGACGUUUAGUGUGAAUCUUUGCUCAAUUUUCACUUGAAUUAACUUGAAAGGUUUUCAUUUUCCACAAUAAAAAAGAUUAUUUUGUAAAAAGCAAUGCCAGUGAAUUAAUGUUCAGAAAUUUUGCACACAUUUUAAUGAUACACACCUUCACCAAAUGGUAUAAAAAUCUUGAAAAGAUAUGUCCAGUCCUGUCUAGCAAAAAAAACCUCAGUGGAGUCGCUCUUAUGAAUUUGUAUACAAUAAAUGCCAUUUUUUUUUUUAUCUCAUAUCAAUAAAUUUGUUAACAUGAAAUCUAAAUGAGUAUGCUGUCGUACUAUGUUAAUAAAAUCAAUAUCUUGUAAUCA